AUGGCACCGCUCAGCAGCAUGGAUGUGCUGGUCAUGGCGAAGCGACUGCCCGGGACGGCUACGACGCGUACUUCGCCGCCGAACAGAGAGAGUAUGACGACUGAGGGCGGCUUUCUCGAGGCAUGGGCCCAAGGAUACAACGUUGGGAGCUUGAUCAUUCUAAUCUUGAUCGUCUUCUGCAACUACCGCUCUGGCAUGUGGCUUCAUAAGCUUAUUCUACUUGAGCUUGUUCUUGCCAUCUGGCACGGCACGUUCAUCUUCGUCAAAGACCCGGCAUAUGGCUGGUAUCUCAGCGCGACUGCAACCCUGCUCUUCAUAUCAUACUUCCUCCAUAACGUCGUCUCGUGGCUCAAGAUCCGACCUUUCUUGCCACUGUGGGGAUCUCGUUUCUUCAUCAUAUCGCUGAUCUGUGUCCAACCGUUUUGGAUAGCAGAGGCGUGGUCGAACUUUGCCUACUUCAAUCAGCUUCAGAACGGCUCCAAUAUCAAUCCUCGUACGAGACCUUGGGAGGCUCUGCUCCGCGAUCCUUGGUGGAUAUUUACGACAUGGAAGCUGAUACAUGCCAUCAAGAAGACCUACGCCUUCAGUCUGUGGACCCUUGUCGGUAUAAACAGGAGGUUUGGCGUGAUGCUGGCAUGCAUGCUACUUUCCAUCGUCUUCCUGCUUACCGAUGCUGCUGUCAGCGCUGCGAAAGUCACAGCCAGUAGCGGCAUCAACCCAUACUGGCGGUUCGCACUCGUCUUCAAGUGCGCAUCCGAUACUAUCUUCCUCGACGACUUCAAAUCCGUCCUAGACGACAUCGUCGCCCGCAAGUUCAGCUCCGCCAGUGACUCUGGGCGUCGCCGUUCAAUAACGGGCAUCGGCCGUCCGAAGAGCUCCCGCUCGACCUCCCGUAACGACGAGUUCAUUGAGUGCAGUAACCUGGAACGACCCGACAUUCUGCCGUCGCACGGAAGUCAGCCCAAGAUGAGCGCUCGGACGAAAUAUCGCUCGGUUUUCUCCAAGACCCAUAAUGUACCAGACGUUCCGACUAUUCAUAUACAAGAGCCUGAGAUCGAACAGUCAAGGAGUCCAAGUGAAGAUAGCUGGGAUAGCCAAGGUCCUGUAUUACCCAGACCGGCGCAUACGGUGUAUCGGAACCCAGAGUUGCGGGCGAGCGAAAGCGAUGGUAGCUUGCUGAUCGGCAGGCUUGUUUGA